GUUGAGUUGGAUUGGGGCAACGAUCCUUGAGCAGCUGCCUGCACUACUCGGAACUGCAGUUCCUAUCCUACGAGCCAUGGAUGGCGCUCCCCCGCAAGAGGAGGACUUCAGCACCAUCCCUAUCCUUGAUCGCUUGGCCCACAAGAACUGGAAGGCCCGAGUCAGCGCAUACGAGGCUCUUGUCAAGACUUUCACAACGACAUCAUCUGACGACGAUCCCGCUUUCAAACCAUAUCUGAACAACCCAGAACUCCUCAAGAAAGCAGUAACGGAUGCUAAUGCUGUAGCUCAAGAGAAGGGGGUGGAAUGUGUCGUUGCCUUUGUGAAGUUCGCCGGGGAGAAUGCCGCACGCACGCGAGAGGUGGUGGUCCCAGCACUGGUGGACAAAUGCUUCGGUUCCGCACGAGCAGGAACUAAGGCGCAAGCGACGGAGCUAGCGCUUCAAUAUGUAGAGGUUGAGAAUGGAGGGGCGGGCGUCACGGGUGACAUUCUCCCUGGUCUGGGGGCGAAGCAGCCCAAGACGGUUGCUGGCUGUGUCAUUGCUUUGAAGGAGAUAAUGCGAGUUUUUGGACCGUCUGUCACUCCCCCGGGCCCUAUCUUUAAAGCAUUGCCGAAGAUGUUCGCCCACACAGACAAGAUCGUCCGUGCCGAAGGAACCCAGCUCACCCGCGUGUUCUACCAGUACAUUGGUCCUGCAAUCGAGUCAUUCCUAGCAGAUCUGAAGCCCGUGCAAGUGAAGGAGCUGAAAGAGGCUUUCGAGGGGCUAGACAAGGAGGGGAAGGGGAAGGGAAGCCUGAAGCCGGAGCGCUUGACAAGAGCAGCUGCUCGCGAGGCAGAAGCGUAUGCUGCGGCAGGUGGAGACGGCGACGCAGGUGCUGGCCCGGUAGAGGAGGAGAUACCUGCAGAUCCCCGUCUGUUUGUGGAGGAGGCCGACAUCGUUCCAAAGCUGCCGCAAGACAUGGGCAGACUCACGUCGUCCAAGUGGAAGGAACGUAAGGAGGUCUUGGACGAACUGCUUGCCCUCAUCAAUGCCACACAACGUAUCAAGGACGCUGCUGAACUUGGUGAUCUCGCUAAACAACUCGCGACUUGUGUUCAGAAAGACGCGAACGUCAUAUGUGUGAUGGCUGCUGCUGGAUGUAUCGUAGGUCUUGCCAAGGGGGUAAUGACUCCGUUUGGGCGGCUCAAGGAGGCCAUCGUACCACCUAUGCUUGAACGAAUGAAGGAGAGGAAAGUGUCCGUCACGGAUGCUAUUGGGAACGCGUUAGAUGCCGUCUUUGCGACCACCACUCUGGCAGACAUCAUCCCAGACAUCUUGCCUUCUCUGAGCUCGAAGAAUCCUCAGGUCAAGGAAGGCACGCUCAAAUUCCUGAAUCGAUGUUUGUCCACGUCACCUUCCCCUAUCAACCCAGCACAAGUCAAGCCCGUCUCUGAAGCCCUUGCGCCUAUACUCGAGGAUUCCGUCGAGGGUGCUCGAAAUGAAGCCGCGGCAUGUCUCGGGUCACUGAUGAAGAUGGUCGGCGAGCGACCGCUCACAGCACUGAUGGAGGGCCUGGCCGACGUCCGAAAGGCAAAGGUGAAGGAGGCCUUCGAGAAAGCUACUGUGAAGGCCAAGGUUGGUGCAGCGCCGAGGGCGCCUCCGCCAGCUGCGAAGGAACCUCCCAAGAAGGCUCCUGCGAAGAAGGCCGGAGCAUCCAAGCCCUCUGCCCCUACGCCAGCUGAAGACGACGUACUCGUGGCGACUGAGAAUAAACCUCCCCGGAAACCGCCUGCGAAGCUGUUGGCGAAGAAGACCCCCGUGGCUGAUGCCGGUUCCGCCCCCUCCUCACCUGCUGCUGUUGCACCACCCAGCGCUCCUGUAAAGAAGCUCCCCCCGGCUGCAGCGGGAGGCAAGUCGGCGAAGGCAGCGGCUCCGGGUGCUUUGGACACGUUCAAGUUCAAGCACACGCCAGAAGAUGCUGACGCCCUGGCUGUGGAAAUCAUCCCGGCCCAGUUCGCUACCGAUCUCGGGGACUCUGCUUGGAAGGUGCGGCUGGCGGCUCUCGAGGAGAUGACGGGUUGGGUGGAAGGUGCCGCGCCUGAGCUCGAUGCUGAGGUCGUCGUCCGUUUCCUGGGCAAGAAAGGUUGGAACGAGAAGAACUUCCAGGUGUCGGCAAAGCUGUAUGGCAUCCUCAACAUCCUCGCAGAGGGUUGCCCGUCGUUUGGUCGAUCGUCGGUUGCACUCUGCAUCCCGCAUCUCUCUGAAAAGCUGGGUGACGCGAAACUGAAGAGGCCGGCUGGCGAAACCCUCCUGUUGUUUGCCGAGAAGACGUCGCUGCAGUUCGUCCUGGGUCACGCAUAUGAACCAUUGUCGAAGCAGAAGGCUCCGAAAGUGCUGGCCGACGCUGUUGGGUGGAUUGAGCAGGCACUGACAGAGUUCGGCAUCGCCGGUCUGUCGCUGCGCAGUCUUGUCGACUUCCUUAAAGGCGCUCUGAAGAACUCCAAUGCUGCUGUGAGGACGAGUGCGACGAAAACUGUUGUAACCGUCAAGUUGUUCGCGGGUCCAUCUAUCAAGGAUCUGCUGGAGGAUCUGAAUCCGCAGUUGCUCGGCACCAUCUUGGCUGAAUUCGAUAAAGUUGAGGGCACUCCUCCACCGCAGCCAACUCGGACCUCCGCAGACGUCGCUGAGGUGUCAACCAGUGCGCCCGGCAAGGGUGCAAGUUCUGGCGGCGAUCCACUUGACGACCUGUUUCCUCGAGUCGAGAUCGAUGGUCUCCUCAAGGGUACCACCAUUCUUGCUGAUGCUAAGAGUGAUGCGUGGAAAACGAAGAAGGAAGCUCUUGAGACCCUACAAGCUACACUGGACCAAGGCGCGAACAAGAGACUGAAGCCUAACAUGGGCGAGAUUGGUCAUGUCUUGAAAGCUCGUGUCACCGAUAGCAACAAGGCUGUCCAGACCCUGGCCUUGGACGUCGUAUCUCGCGUCGCCACGGGAAUGGGCAAACCGUUCGAGAAAUAUACGCGCUUGUACGCCCUCCCAGUUGCGACAGUCCUUUCAGAUCAAAAAGCCCCCAUUCGUGCCGCUGCAGUCCAGACGCUCAAUUCGAUUGCUACCGCGUGCGAGGGCGUGGAACCAAUGGUUUCGGGACUGACUACCGCUCUGGAAUCUCAGAACCCUUUGCAGAGGUCCUCGCUACUCAAUUGGCUCGCGGAGUGGUUCAAGGAGCAUGAGCUGAGUCCUGGCCUCGAUCUCAGCAGCUGGGUGGCACCUGUCAUUGCCUGUCUCGAUGAUCGAAACGGUGAUGUCAGGAAGGGUGCUCAAGCCCUGUUACCUACGCUCGUCGCGUCCGCUGGCUACGACUACGUCAUGAGUCAAACGAGCUCACUCAAGCCGGCCUCACGGUCAAAUGUCGCCCCCCUCAUACAAGCAGCAGCGAGAGCGGCCGCACCUGCACCCCCUGCCGCACCUCCCACGAAGGCUCCUGCUAAAGUCGCUGCACACGCAAGAGCGCCGCCGCCAGAACCAGCUACCUCACCAUCCCCUCCGCCUCAGGAACCCGCUCCCGCUGAAGCGCCCAAGAUUGGACCUACGAGCAAGUUGGGAGGUGUACGUCGGAAGCUGCCACAGGGUACCUUACCCCGACCUGAGUCUCGUUCGGAAACACCGGAUAGCAUGUCGUCCCGCUUGCCGAGCAAACCAGGGAUCGGGCUGAAGCGCCCAGGUUCUACGUUGAACGGACCAGCGAGACCGUCUGCACCACCAGUUGCAGCUGCACAUACUCUGCCAUUGAUAGGAGACCAUACUGAAGCGAAGAGACAACGACUGGCCAAGGACGCGCAGAAGUGGAUCAACGAGGCAGGACCGACGAGGAAAGACCUCGCUGAACUCCUGCAACAUCAGAUGGAGCCUCACGCCUCGAAGGAGCUCCUAUCCCUUCUUUUCAGUCGCGAUCACAACGCAGUCAACGACCACGUCUCUGGCUUGACCAUUCUACACGACUUCUACAGUUCAGUCCAGGCUGGUGAAGAGAAGCCCGGUUUCCCCCUGGAGACAUUGCAGAGUGUCUGUCUGGCGAACUCCGACCUGGCGUUGAAAUAUGUCUCCAUUAAGACGCAUGAGCCUCAAUCCAACUUGGUACAGAAGUGCCUGGAUGUCGUCGAUGCCGUCAUUGGGUUCUUUCAGAGCGUCGACUACCAGAUCGGCGACCCGGAAGCCCUCUGCUUCGUCCCGACCAUAGUCCACAAGCUCGGUGACGCGCGAGAGCCUGUUCGUGCUCGCGUAGCUCAAAUUGUCCAAUCGCUGCCCAAAGUGUAUGCCUUCAGCCGGAUGUUCCACCUCCUUCUUGAACACGGGAUAAAAUCGAAGGUUGCAAAGACACGUCAAGGGACUCUGGACGAACUCGCUGGCCUGUUGAAGAAGUUUGGAAUUGCUACAUGCGACCCUCCGAAGGCCUUCCCCGUAGUCGCAACUAUGAUAUCGGACAAGGAUGCUCAGGUGCGCAAGUCAGCCCUUGCAGUUCUGAGCGAAGCUUAUGUUCUUGUUGGAGACUCGAUCUGGACUUACGUCGGUCACCUGUCACCUAAAGACAAAACACAGCUCGAAGAACGCUUGCGUCGUGUCCCGGGGUUAGGUACCCCUGAGAAGGCGGACGGAGGUGCAGUGGCCACUCAUGCCUCCCGUCUGCAAACAGGUAUCCCGAGAUCCGGGUCUCCUGCUCCUGGAAUCGCGUCUUCUUCUCGCAUCGGAAGGAUUCCCCGGGCUGGUAGCCCCUCGAUACCGGCGUCACGAUUUGCUCGUCCUGCGUCCCCCGCGGGCACAGUGAGGUCUGCUUCUCCUGCGUUGACUCGCCCCGCGUCACCGGCCAAGUUCUCGAAGCUUCCUGGUGCUUCACAAUUAGCAGGGCCAUCAUCGCCGACUGGUAUCGGUCGCCCGAAAAGCCAACUGCCUUCCCGACUGGGUCCUCCAAAAUCUCGCCUCAAUGGCAUACCACAACCUCGAUCUAUCGCUGCCCCACCACCAGACGAGACCGCCUACGAUGAACCGCCUGCCCCGAAGCGAACUACCGGCAAUGGGUACGCAGCAGAACCCAUGGCGAACGUAGAGAGCAUGGAAGAUCCGCGUGCUACUGACGACAUCACUGUCGUGAUCUCGAGUAUAUUGAGCAACGACGCGACUCGUAGCGUCGACGCGCUAAAGAAGAUCCAGAAGGUACUCGAGAUUGGACCUGAGGAGGGCCCAUCGUCACCGGCUUAUCGAGAACUUGCAGAGCAUACUGAGGGCCUCAUCGAGACGAUCACCUUACAGAUGGCUCACGUUUUCGAGAGGCCCGACGACAUCACCGUUCAGGAGAACUUCCGUCUCGCCAAGCAUCUCAUCCAAACCCUGAAUGCUUUCUGCGAUCACGUAUUCCUCGCAGAAUCCUUGACGGUGGAAAUCUUGACGUCUUUGCUGGAGGAGUUGACAUUGCGCCUGUUACAGACAGACAACAGUCCAGACAACAGAGUGAAGGAUUUGUCGCGCUUUAUCAACAUGAUCAUUCUGCGCCUAUUUGCGACUGGCCGUAGGAUGUCGAUUUUCCGCGCACUGUUUGGACUCCUACUCCGGAUCGUGAAGCCGUUUACAACAAACGGAAUAUCGACCGAGUCACAGGAAGCGAAGGUCGCCGAACUUGUAUUGAAGUGCGUUUGGAAGCUGGCCAGGAACAUUCCCCAGGAUCUCGAGAAGCAGGCGCUCGACCCCGUGGAACUGUUCCCCGCAGUGGAACAUUUCUUGCAAUCUGUGCCUCCUAACGAAUGGCGUGCAAGAGCCACAAACAAGGUGCCUUGUGGUGAUAUGCCUCUGCGGACGAUCAAGGUCAUCAUUCAACACGUCGUUGCUCACUACGGGGAUGAUGUUUAUGACAUGCUGUCUGGGUCCUUCGACGACCCUUCAGCGACUAUCGUGUACCCAUACGUCUACCGCAUCCUCAACUCUUCUACACGUACCGCGGCGGAGCUCCCCGCCAAGGCGAACGGUCUUCGGGAGGAAGUCGUUUCCCCGGCGUUGAGUCGACCAAUCUCUCCUGGGACAUCGUCUGUCACGUCUGAACAUCGCGCCCCCUCGUCGUCGAGUCAUGCUCGGAGUCAAAGUAUAUCAUCCACAAACGGACACGGAGCGCAUGCGUCUGAACCUGACCCUGACGAGCAAUUGAACGUCAUCAUCCAACACAUCUCUAGCGAGACGACCGGCGCUAUGCACAAGGAAGGGAUUACGGAGCUACACCAAUUUCUGAAGGCCUACCCGCACAAAAGGGCCAAGGUAGACAAGAUCCUCGAAUCCACGGGUCCGGCGUUCCGCAAGUACAUCACGAGGGCUCUCGCGAGUCGCGCUGCAGAAGAUGACGAGAGAACCGUUGCAGUGGCAAGCACACUCUCGAAAUUGGAAUCUAAUGGUCGAGAACGGACGCAAAGCCUCGGUUACAGUCCAGAUCAUCCGGCGUCGGAGACCUCUCGUGUCGCGACACCGACGUCUCCUACUCGUUCAGAGCGUUCCCCGCGAUCACCAGCACGGUCAAGUGUGGCUGAACUACCGGAUGCGCAGCAAGAAAAGCUGUCGAGGCUUCACGACAUUUUCCAGUAUAAUCGCACAAGCAUCAUAAGCUCUUCGUCUUCACAAGGCCGAUCAACGCCGACAACAUUCACUCGUGGCGCACCAGGUUGAACGGGGGCACUUUGCUGAGCUAGACAGGGUUUGUUUACGUUCAUUUGCGUAUCUGUACAUUGGCAUCAUAGUAUCGUAUAGUGGGUUGUACUUAGUAACAUGCUUCUAUACCCUCGCAUGGGCUGUAUGCAAUUAUGUAUUCAUCUGUAGCACCGGACUCGGGAUUAGAAUCUUACAGAAUUAACCACACAAUUUUGACACAA